GACAAAGUCCAGGUAACUCAAAGAAGUGGCCGAAACCCUAAUCGAUCGAGAUCAUCCAACGUUGUUUAAGAGUUGUGUUACUAAUCUCAUCAGAUCAAACUCUUGAAUCUCUCCCCGAAAAUGGUUGCACCGAUACUUGCAGGCGUUGCGGUUGCUGCAGCUGCUUAUGCUGGUAAAUACGGAAUCGAGGCGUGGCAAGCGUUCAAGGCAAGACCACCAAGGCCUAAGUUCCGCAAGUUCUACGAAGGUGGUUUCCAAGCUGCUAUGACUCGGAGAGAAGCUGCUCUUAUUCUCGGUGUUAGGGAGAGUGUAGCGGCGGAGAAGGUGAAGGAAGCUCACAGGAGAGUGAUGGUGGCUAACCAUCCAGAUGCAGGAGGAAGCCAUUACCUUGCGUCUAAGAUCAACGAAGCUAAAGACAUGAUGCUUGGCAAAUCCAAGAGCUCUGGCUCUCCGUUUUGAAACUUUUUUUUUUUGGUGAGAUUGAGUUAUUGGUCUAUCAGGAAGAAGGGUGAUCAGACGUUGAUGUAUGUUUCUUAGGUAGAUUAGAAUGUAGGAACCAAAUUGGAAGUCACUCUAGUUCGAUUAUCUAAUUAUGUUUUCUUUUUUUUUGGGACAGAAGUUAUCCUUUCAGAUUGAAUAAGUGUUAGCAAGUUAGAGUGUUAUUCA